GAGAAAUCAGAAACUGAGGCUAACGAUCAACAGAAACAGCAGCGUCGGAGCUGAAGAUGGUGUCGUACAGUAGGUUGUUGCUCUAUGGACUUGGGGGCAUUGCGGUGGCGGGGAUGGCGCUGCUCGUCGCCUUCCAGGACAAGCUGGUUUACGUGCCUGUGAUUCCGGGUCUCACCAGGUCUUACCAGAUGACGCCCGCCCGACUCAACCUCAUAUACGAGGACGUCUGGCUUCGAUCCUCUGAUGGGGUUAAACUCCAUGCCUGGUUCGUCAAGCUGCUUCCCGAUUGCCGAGGUCCAACCAUCUUAUUUUUGCAAGAGAAUGCUGGAAAUAUUGCUCACCGUCUUGAAAUGGUUCACACAAUGUUACAGAGGUUGCAGUGCAAUGUCUUCAUGCUCUCAUAUCGAGGUUAUGGAGCAAGUGAUGGUUAUCCUUCUCAGCACGGAAUUACUAAGGAUGCCCAGGCUGCAUUGGAUCAUCUAUUUCAACGGACUGAUAUUGACACAUCUAGAAUAGUUGUCUUUGGAAGGUCACUUGGGGGUGCUGUUGGAGCUGUGCUCACUAAAAACAAUCCUGAUAAGAUUGCAGCAUUGAUUCUAGAAAACACUUUCACAUCUAUUCUGGACAUGGUUGGAGUUGUGGUGCCCUUUCUGAAGUGGUUUAUUGGAGGACCUGGUUCAAAAGGUCCUAAAAUUCUUAAUUUUCUUGUUCGCUCUCCAUGGAGUACCAUCGAAAUCAUUGGACAGAUUGAGAAGCCAAUUCUUUUUCUCUCUGGAUUACGAGAUGGUGUGGUUCCCCCAUUGCACGUGCAAAUGCUUUAUGCAAAAGCAGCUGCACUUAACAGGCAGUGUGUUUUUGUAGAAUUCCCUACCGGUAUGCACAUGAACACUUGGCUAGUUGGUGGGGAUCAUUACUGGAACACAAUCCAGCAGUUCCUAGAACAACAUGCUCCUGAGAGAAAGGAAAAUGAGACAUCCUAAAAUGGAAAUGUUAUCUGAUACUGCUUUGAUACCGCUUUCAGAUUUCAAGGAAAGCUAUAUUAAGAGCUCUCUGUGAUUUGCUGGCUGCCUUUCCGAUCAUUUUCACCUGAGAAUUUUCUUAUCGGCAAACAAAUAUAAGCCUCAGCCAUGAUGCAAAGCAGAAUACUAUUCAAGUUCCCCACUUUUUUACUGUAUGAACUUGACAAAAAACACGCUAAUCUAUCUGAUUUAUUCUCUGACUAUUUGUUGUAUGAAAUAUCCACGUCUCUUAGAAAUGCAAAGAUACAAUUUCUGCUGCAAUGCUGAACCCUCCUUGAACUUCAAUUUAAU